GGCCGAGCGCCGGGCGGAGCGGACGCCGAGUCGACUCGCCUCGCUUGCCUGGCUUUCAAGCGCCUCGCUGAAUGCGGGGUGGAGGCGGGGAAGGGGGCAGGAGCGCAGUUGCGAUCUGCGCUGCCCCUUCUCUCCCACCACCAUCACGACCCUCUCUUGCGCCAUGCCGCAACCACAGCUGCAGAGCAUCGCUGCGGCGCGGCAGCAGAUCCGCGACAUGCUCGAGGGCAUGGUCGACGCCAACUCGCCCGGCUUCACGCGGCACUCGCUCGACGCCUCGCUGCGCCUCACGCACCUCGAGCGCACCGACGACGGGCGCAGCGCCAAGGUCGUCUGCACCAUGCAGGUCACCGAGGGCAUGAGCAACCACUUCAUGAAUAUGCACGGCGGGUGCGCCGCCAGCAUCUGCGACAAUCUCACCAGCAUGGUGCUCUACCUGCACACCUCGGGCGUCUACGGCGAGCCAUGGUCGCUGCUGGGUGUGUCGCAGAGCAUCCAGAUGCUCUACUUUGCCCCCUGUCCCGUCGGCAGCUGGAUCGACAUUGAGUGCCAGACCCUCACCGUGGGCAAGAGCGUGGCGGUGAUCCAGUGCGACAUCUACGUCAAGGAUGGAGAGAACGGAAGGCGCCUUAGAAGGGCAAACGCGGGCACGCAUACCAAGAUCGACAAUUCGAGCCAGGCGAAGCUGUAGCAGAGGG